AUGAAGUUUCUCAGCUUUGCUUUCAGCGCCCUGGUUGCGACAGCUUUCGCCCAGGAGCCGAACAAGUACACCUACGAGAGGCUGAACAGAAGCGAAGCGCUUGUGCUUGUUAUUGAUAUCCAAGAUGGUCUGUUCCAGUUGACCAGAGACACCGAUCCUCAUCUUUACAAGAACUCGGCACUUGCACACGCAGAGCUUGGCAAAACGUUCGACAUCCCUGUCAUCCUGACAACUUCAACUGAGACCGGUCCCACCGGCCCUCUCUUCCAGGAGAUCGCCGAUCAGUACCCCGAGGCUCCUUUUAUCAAGCGAGAGGGAGAGAUCAAUGCCUGGGACAAUCCUGCUUUCCGAGAGGCAGUCACUGCCGCCAACAAGACUCAGAUCAUCAUUGCUGGUAUCGCCACCGACGUCUGCACCACAUUCUUGGCCCUCUCUCUCCGCGAGGCUGGCUACUCUGUUUGGGCAAACGGUGAGGCGUCGGGAACCUACUCUACAUUCGUCCGCGACAUCUCCAACACUCGCAUGGAAAGGGCAGGCAUCCAAGUCGUCAGCUUCUUUGCUAUUGUCGGUGAAUUGAUGCGUGACCACCGCGGCGACCAGGACGGCAACUACGGCGCCGAGAAGGUCAACCCCCUGUUCACCAAGUACUUCCCCCUCCUUGGUAUACUUACACGUGGACACAACGCUGCCGUUAGAAACGGAACAAUUUCCCCUGUCUAA